AUGUUAAAAAAAAUAAAUAAUGUUGGUAUUAUUGGUGGAGGUGUGUCAGGUUUAUCAAGCUAUUAUUAUUUAAGAAAUGGUUUAUAUUUAUCAGACAAUCCAAAUAGAGAAAUAAAAAUAAAUAUUUAUGAAAAAUCCAAUAAACUAGGAGGUAAUAUCCAAACCAAUAUAUUCAAUAGCAAUAAUAAUAAUAAUAAUAAAACCAAUAAUGACACAAGCAAUAAUAAUAUUGUUGUUGAAAAGGGUCCAAGAUCAUUAAGAGCUGCAGGUAAAGGUUUAAAUACACUAGAGUUGGUCAAACGUUUAGGUAUAUCAAACGAUAUUAUAUUCAGCAGUAAAAAAAGUAAUGGUAAAUUUUUAUUAAUUGAUGGAAAGGUUCAAGAGGUACCAAUGGGAUCAUUGUUCAAGAUAGCACUAUUCUCGUUAAAAUAUGGUCUUAUUAGUGCAAUUUUAAAAGAGCCAUUCCAAAAGAUACCAAAAGCAGUUAAAGAAAGAGAUCCAAAUUAUGAUGAGUCGAUAUUUGAUUUCUUUUCAAGAAGAUUGGGAAAAAGUGUUACACAGAGAUUUAUAGAGCCAUUUUGUUUAGGUAUUUAUGCUGGUGACUUUAAGAAGCUUUCAAUUAAAUCAUGUUUCCCAGCAGUUUGCAAAGUUGAGCCAUUCAAUGGUCUUAUCCUUGGUAACAUUUUCACAUCAGCUGAAGAAAAAGCAAAAUACGAAACUGCAAAAGAAAAGUUUGAAAAAUCAUUGAUCCCAACAAAACUUUCGCUCAAAGAGGUCCUCGAUAAAGAUAUCGAUAAAACUGGUGUUUUUUCGUUCAAGGAGAAUGGUUUAUCGCAAUUAAUUCAAAAGUUUAGAAAAAAUAUUGAAAGUGAUGGUCGUACCAAACUACACUUCUCUAGUACUAUUAAGGAAAUUUCAAAGACCAAUAGCGGUGCCAUCAAAAUUAUAGAUGAAUCUGGUGCAGCCCAAGAAUUUGAUAGAUUAAUUACUACAAUUCCAUUUGUCGAACUUGCACCAAUGUUUAAAGAAUCUGACCCCACUCUUUCAAAACUUUUAGAGGCCAUGAAUUAUUCCUCAAUUGCAGUUGUUAAUUUUAUUUAUAAAUCAAAUGAAAAAGUUUCAAAUAAAAUUCAAGAUAAAGGUUUUGGUUAUUUAAUAUCAUCAAAAGAAAAUAACCCUGUUAUUGGUGUUUGUUUUGACUCAAAUACUUUUCCAGAAUUUGUAAAUAACAAUAAUAACAAUAGUACUGCAAAUGAAUCAAUUAUCACUAUAAUGAUUGGCGGUAAUAAAGGAAUCUCUGAAAGAAACGAUAAAUGGGUAGAUGUCACCAAAUCAACAUCUGAAGAGUUAAUCAAUAUAGCAUCAAAACAUUUAGAUAAAUAUUUAGAUAUAGAAAGUAAACCAGACUUUACAAAUGUUCAAAUCUACAAUAAUGGUAUACCUCAUUACGAAGUUGGUCAUCAAAAAUUAAUAGACGAAAUUAAUAAGCACAUAUACUCUAAUUAUUCAAAUACUCUUCUUUUAGGUGGAAAUUCAUUAGAAGGUGUCGGUAUCAAUGAUGCAAUUUUUAAAUCAAAAACCUUAAUUCAUUCAUUAGGUUUAUAUAAAAAAGUUAAAUAA